AAACCGCUGGGUACUAACGGUGUAAGCAACCUAGCUAGAUGAUUUAUUAGCCCACAAAUCAAUCUAUAUUUAUUUUUUUUUGAAACAAAUCAAUCUAUAAAUUGAUCACCUCAAAAUCAAAUUAUUAAACCAUACUCAUCCAACUAAUUUUAUUCGCUUAUAAUAGCUUUGAUCCUUUUUGUGAUUAAUUCGCCGAAUAUUGUUAUUUGUUAUUAAUGUUUACGCAAAUGCCUCAAUUAUAAGAUGCACCACGUUCUGUGAACUUUUCACCUUCACUCUGUAUCACUAAUCAUUCUCUGCUUGGAGGCUUUUUUUUUUUUUUGAUGGAUCCGGCAAAGGGAUUGGAAGCUUCGGGGGAGAAGACCCUUCAAGCAGAAGUGAAAGCUUUUUUCGAUUCUGCUCCUCCUUUGCAGAAAAGUGAUGAGAUAACUCAGAAGUUGAAUCAGUUCAUUCAACGCAUUUCUUCUCCAUCAGCGAAUGGGAAAGCUAGGAGAAUUGUUUGUGUGACUUCUGGUGGCACCACCGCGCCAUUGGAACAACGAUGUGUUCGCUAUGUGGACAAUUUCAGUUCAGGUCACAGAGGGGCCACAUCCACUGAGUAUUUCCUGAAGGCUGGAUAUGGUGUUAUCUUUCUGUACCGGAAGAGAAGUUUCCAGCCAUUUUGUAGAUCCCUUCCUGAUGAUCCCUUACUUGAAUGCUUCAAGCCCACCGAUGAGGCGAACAUUCAAGUUUGCGAGGCUUAUUCUGAAGCAGUGAAGAGGGCUAUCGUGGAUCAUCAUACUGCAGUGGCAGGCGGUCUCUUAUUGAAACUUCCUUUCAACACCAUAUUUGAGUAUCUCCAGAUGUUACAAAUAAUUGCAAUGUCAAUGAGGUGUAUUGGUCCACAUGCAAUGUUCUAUCUUGCUGCGGCAGUGUCUGACUAUUAUGUUCCUUGGAAGGACAUGGUAGAGCACAAAAUUCAGUCAGGAUCUCACCUUUUGGAUGUGAAACUAGUUCAAGUGCCAAAAAUGUUGUCAAUGCUUAGGAAAGAUUGGGCUCCUCUGGCUUUCUGCACAUCUUUCAAGCUAGAGACAGAUUCAAACAUUCUUCUAAAUAAGGCUGGUGCAGCUCUUGAAAAGUACAAGAUGCAUGCAGUUGUUGCAAAUGAACUUGCAAGUCGAAAGGAGCAAGUAGUGGUUGUCACUAGUGCCGAGAAGGUUACCGUUCAGCGUGAUAAUAGUCAGUCUGAUAAUGAUGUUGAGAAUCCCCUGAUUAAACUUCUUUCGGAGAAACAUGCCACUUACAUUGAGGAUUCUGGUAGAUGAGUCUAGGGAAUGACUUUGGCUUCUCCUCGUUACAGUUACAGUUCUAGACACUACAACUCAUUGGAUCAAUAAGUCAUGAUCAUGAAUAAAAAGGAGAAGAAUUAGACAGUAUGGAUACGGGGUCUAAAGAAGAAAAGAAAUGUAGCAGAGACGACAGUUCUAACCAUACAUUUGACAGACUUCGGUUAUAUAUAAACUUUAUUUUCUUUUAUGGGAUAUGCAUGAACUUUGUAUUUUACUUCUUGUGAUUCUUAUUGUUAAUUGGGCUACCCUUUUCGUCAUAUUAAUUGAUAAUAUUGAAGUUAAGAUGUGUGUCGUGAAA